GCUCGGCAGCCGCGGGGCAGCCCGGCCUCCAGCCCGCAGCUGGGCGGCAGGAGCCGCUCGCAGCCGCCGCCGCCGCCGGCUCCGCUCAGCGCGCCCGGGCACGGCUUCCGCAGGGUGACCCUGAGCAAGCCCAGCUUCUGCCACUGCUGCACCGACUUCAUCUGGGGGCUGGCGGGCUACCAGUGCGAGGUUUGCAACUUUUUGUCUCAUGAAAAGUGCCUCAAGCAUGUGAAGAUACCAUGCUCGUGUAUUGCGUCAAGUCUCGUCAGGAUUCCAGUUGCACAUUGUUUUGGACCUCCAGGACAUUACAAAAGAAAGUUUUGCACCGUGUGCAGAAAGCAGUUAGAGUCCCUUGCAUUUCGAUGUGAAGUGUGUGAACUACACGUGCAUACAGAUUGUCUCCCGUUUGCUUGCAGCGAUUGUCGUCAGUGCCAUCAAGAUGGGCAUCAGGAUCAUGAUACAUACCAUCAUCAUUGGAGGGAGGGAAAUCUCUCGUCCAGUGCUCGCUGUGAGGUCUGCAAGAAAACCUGUGGUUCUUCGGAGGUGCUGUCUGGCAUGAGGUGUGAGUGGUGUGGCAUUCUGGCUCAUGCUUCUUGCUACAUUAUUGUACCACCAGAAUGUACUUUUGGAAGAUUAAGGAACAUGAUUCUUCCUCCGAAUUGUGUGCGGUUAGUUUCUCGCAAUUUCAGCAAAAUGCACUGUUUUCGAAUAUCAGAGAGCCUGCAAACAGAACCAGAUGAAGAUGAGGAUGUUGAUGGCUUAACACAAGGGUCAGUGAAAGAUGCCCAAAUUUCAGCAGAUUCAAGUAAACAAACAUUAAAGAUAUUUGAUGGGAAUGAUGCAGUAAAACGCAAUCAAUUUCGACUGAUUUCUGUUCCAAGGAUUGCAAAAAGUGAAGAGGUUGUGGAGGCAGCGCUGAGGGCAUACUACGUAAAUGAUGAUCAGCAGCACUAUGAGCUCCAGACAUUUUCUCAGCAGACCUUGUUUUCUGAUGACAUCAUCAACAGGAAUGAUGCCCCUGAAGAAACCAACCCAGGGCCAGUGUUCAGAGAGGCGGUUCCUGAAGCUUGGAUCAUCAGAGCCAAAUCUAAGGAUCACGAAGUAAUAAGAAUUUAUCCCGGUUGGCUGAAAGUGGGAAUGGCAUAUAUCUCUCUGCGAAUAGAUAAGGAAAGCACCACCCAGACAGUAAUUAAAGAAGUUCUCCCGCUAUUAGGACGGCAGACGGAAUGCCUCCAGAAUUUCAAACUUCUAGAAGUACUUAUGGGCAGUAAGCAAGUUCAGCGAAUGGUGCUGGAUGACCAGGAGAUGAUCCUUAGCAGACUUAGGGACAUAAGAAAGACUUCAAUACGUCAGAUGAAUCAAACAAGAUUUUACAUUAUAGAAAAUAAUAAAUCUGUCGUGCGGGUAAAUUUGUUUGUGGGUGGCUUGCCACCUCAGCUCUCUGCUGAAGAAUACACUAACAUCCUCAAGGAUGACUUAGCUAUCAAAACAAAUCUGCUUUCUUUGAGUCAUGUUUACUCAAUGCAAGGUGCUGUUGUACUUGAAAUGUCUUGUUUUUCUGAAGCUGAAAGAAUAUAUAUGCUAGCUAAAGAUACAACGGUCAAUGACAAACAGCUUACUGCCGCUGUGAUUCCUGAAGUUCUGCAUACCAAGCUACCACAGAACUGCUGUCCACUACUUGUCUUUGUGAAUCCCAAAAGUGGAGGUUUGAAAGGCCGAGAUCUACUCUACAGUUUUAGAAAACUGCUAAAUCCUCAUCAGGUCUUUGAACUCACUAAUGGAGGUCCACUGCCUGGAUUUCAUACAUUCUCUCAAGUUCCCUAUUUCCGAGUGCUGGUGUGCGGCGGCGACGGCACAGUUGGUUGGGUCCUUGGUGCGCUGGAAGAAAUCAGACACAGGCUCGUCUGCUCAGAGCCCUCUGUAGCCAUCUUACCCUUAGGAACAGGUAAUGAUUUAGGGAGGGUGCUUCGCUGGGGAGCUGGUUAUAGUGGGGAAGAUCCCUACUCUGUUCUGAUAUCUGUAGAUGAAGCUGAUGAGGUACUUAUGGAUCGCUGGACCAUCCUUUUAGAUGCUCAGGAGGCUGUUGAAAGUGCAGAGAAUGGUAUUUUGGAACCUGAGCCUCCAAAGAUUAUACAAAUGAACAACUAUUGUGGCCUUGGAAUUGAUGCAGAAUUGAGCUUGGGCUUUCACCACGCUAGAGAAGAAGAACCAGGCAAAUUUAAUAGCAGGUUUCACAACAAAGGAGUAUAUGUAAAAGUUGGACUGCAGAGGAUAAAUCACACCAGAAACCUUCAUAAAGAGAUAAAACUUCAAGUGGACCAGCAUGAAGUUGAGUUACCAAGUAUCGAGGGACUCAUUUUCAUUAAUAUCCCCAGUUGGGGGUCUGGAGCUGAUCUCUGGGGAUCUGACCAUGAUAAUCGAUUUGAGAAACCAAGAAUCGAUGAUGGCUUACUGGAAGUCGUGGGGGUGACCGGUGUUGUGCACAUGGGUCAAGUACAGGGCGGUCUGCGAUCAGGGAUCCGCAUAGCCCAAGGAUCUUACUUUCGUGUUACGCUUCUGAAACCAAUACCCGUUCAAGUAGACGGAGAGCCCUGGAUCCAGCCACCAGGCCAGAUUAUCAUUUCUGUUGCUGGACCAAAGGUCCACAUGUUGAAAAAAUCCAAACAGAAGCAGAAAAAAACUGGAAGCUUGAAAGAGACAAGACCAGAUAGUGUAUCAAUCACUGAAGUGGGACAUUAAAUUGAGCAGCCCUUUACAGAACAAAAGCAGCCCAGCUACUGUAGAUGAAAGGAGCCUGCACUGUACAGCUGUGUGCAGGGGUUUGGUAAAGAAGGGUUCCUAAUGAGCCUGCCCUUUAUUCCACUGUAGUAGUACUGUGUUCUGCUUAUUUUGUUAAAUGAUUGUGCCUCAUUAGGUGGCUGACGCACACCUACUCAUAUACCACUAAUUUCAUUUGAAAUGUUUGCCUUUGGUUGCCUUCCCUAAACCAUUGCCCGGUUUUUGAUUUGUACCAAUAGAUAACACAGAUCUACCCUAUGGAACACUUCACUCUUGGUUUUGCAAAAUUUUCAUUUUGUUAAGAAAUGUCUAGCCUUUUUGUUACAUAAUCUUCCAUAGACAAAUCAUCGCAAGGUUCUGUUAAACUAACCCUGAACAACAGUCUUCCAACAAACAGAACUGUAGUAGUUGCAUCUCUUUGCUGUUGUGCUGUGACCUUCUUGGGUAAGGCGAAACACCACAGUUUGAGGCAUCGCUGUUUGAAAUCGUUACUCGAGAUGAAUAACUUUAGUGAUAGUGAUCCCGACGUGAAGAGCACCGUCUACAGAGGAGAAGAACUGCGCUGAAUCUGCGCUCAAGUCAAAAUGGCUAAGACAGUAUCGUUUCAACGUGGUUUACAUGGACAAAGUGGAUGGGGACAAAAAUAUGUUUUAAACAGAUAUGAAAUGGUCUAGCCUCUUCCAGUCAUCAAAUACUGUGGAAGGGCUGGUAAAGUUCAGCAGCUAUCUCUUGACUAAACGGGGGCAAAGUUUACCUCAGUAAUAUAAGUAGACGACAAACUUCUUGGGCUCUUGUUUUUCUCCCCUGCUGAGUGUUCUACCUUUGGUGACUCCAUACGUCUCCACAGGUCCUCAUCUGUCUUGUUUCAAAUUAAUUUAAAAAAAAAAUCCCUAUAUGUAAAUGUAUUGUGACUAUGACUUUCCAUACAAGCUCCAGAGAGGAGAAGAAUGGGUACUAACUCUGGCGAAAACGACUGUUUCAUUGACUAUCAGUUCACUAAGGCUGUCUCUCUACAAGGGGCAUGAUUCCCCUCCUACGCUAGCUCGAUGAAAGCUAGCGUGAGUAUACGUAGUAGUGGAGACAUGUCUGAACUUUACCAUGUACAAACCAGCCUGAAAUCGGCGGGCAUGUGCUCGGCACAGCUAAGCUACGUCUCUGCUGCCCGUGCUACCAUGGCUACACUACUAUUUAUAUCCGCACCGGCACUCAUUGAGCUACCGUGAGAUGUGUACGCGAGCAGCGGAUUCACACCCCUGGCUUGGAGAGUAGACCUAGCCCACGAUACGUGAACGUAGAGGCAGGCUAACAUUAAAUGGAAAUACACCAUAGUUUAAUUCCUUGAGUUUUUUAUGAAGCAUAGUGUGUGUUCAGUAAGACUGUAUGUCCGGCAGCAUGUAUGUCGUGUGCUGUAGAAAAUGCUGUGGCUUCAGAUGACUGAGUAUUUAGCAAUAAAGUAACAAACGGCCUAUUUUCCAGUAUACUUCUGAAAACAGCAUUCCUGCAACUGUUUAGCCACGGUUCUUUCUUGCAGGCUGCCAAUGUAGCUUAGCAUUUGGGGCAUGGAGAAGGGGUGUAGGGCCAGAUUCUCAAUGCUAUUUAGGACCUAACUCGCAUUGAUUUCAUUGGAAGUGGAGCCUGAGUACAUUUGAGGAUCUGGGCCAUAGUGACUGUACUGUAAUGUAGCUGGACCAGUGUGUGUUGUAAGCCCACGCUAGGGCUUGACUCUCCUCUCAGAAAGGUGAUCUGGUGCUUGUCCACCUGCUGAAGACUGAUGGGUCAGGGUGUUUGAGAAUGCUGCCCAGCCCCCAGGCUAAUGUGCUGAAGUCUGGUAGAACACUACAGCUGUUGUCCACAGCCAUUCCCGCAUGCGCCUUUCUAAACACCCCUCCUCUUUCCAUCCCUCUCAACUCACCACUGGCUUGAACAGCAGUGUGGAAAGACGCAGAACCAUUAUGGUGGAAGGAAUUUGUACAGUCCUACCCCACACAGGGAAAGGGGACUAAGAUCUUUCAGUGUUGUGUCUGGUAAGUCUUGACCAAUGGAACUGUUCCCAGCUAUGUCCUCAUGAACCUGAGUCCUAUUAGCAGGCGGCUAGGCACACUUACCCUUGGCUGUAGAAAGAACUGAUGAAAUACAUGAUAGCCACCUCUGCUCGGGGGGCAGCAAAUCAGAGAAAAAUGGUGACCGCAUUGUUAGAGUGGCUCAAUGACUCAAGCAGAGGCUCUGAAAAGACUCUUAAUGUCACGGCUUGUGGAAUGGACCGUCAAAGCCAGGUCCCACGUGAGGGCCACCUCCAGGAUGGCAUUCGGCCGACCGUAAAAUGUGCAAAAGCCCAGCCUUUGUUUAGCAAGCAAUUGAUGCCGGUGUUCUUGCCAGCCGACCCCUUUUCAUGGUCUCCUCAGCAAGUGGUUGCCAGUCAACGCCCGCAGUGGUUGUUUUCUACCAGUGUUAUAGACACCUUCUAGUCAUGCUUCGGAUGUGGCUAAGGCAUGGCAGUGGCUUUGAUAAUUGGCUUACUGCCACGGACAGAGCUGAAACUUCAGUGCAAAUGUGGCUUGAUCUAACAACAGUUUCUACCAUCCGUCAUCAAGAGAUGACUUAUGGGACAGCUGCUCCUCUUCCCCAUGUGUUGUUACCGUAAGGGCACUACAGGACUCCAUCCCCUCUUAUUCAACAUCAGAACAAGAUUUCUGUUGAGGGUGAGAUAUCUGCAUGCUGAUGGUGCAGAUCCUUCAUGUGCAUCUUCCUUCUUCGAACGCAGCAUCAGCUCCACUUCGGCGCUUGGAAAUUGGUACGUGCAUGAAUAGCAGGCGGUUUGAGCUCAGCUUGAGUGUGGGCACUUCUGCUGAGAGUGGGAGGAGGAAAGCAUUGUAUUUCAAGCUGUCUGCUGUCGCAGGGUGAAGUCAACAGACUAAGGAAAUACAUCAAUGCUCCUGGGUACCCAAGGCACAACAGUAGCCAGGAAAGCUGCCUUUAGACUUUACGUAGUUGAGAGAUUGAUUCUGUUCUCUCUGAUGCAGCCUAGCCGUGGAGAUGAAUGUUUUUGUCAUCUGCAGACUCUGCCUGAGUUGACUGCAAAGACGAUGCAGAAACAGAGGCGUCUCUCCUCCACGUACCACACCAGAGAGCCCAUCUCACCAGUGCGCCAUUCCUACACUGGCUCCAAUUGACACUCUGGAUCUGUUUCAUGCUGCUAGUCCUGACCUUCACAGAUCAUAAUGUGCUCAGUCCUAUCUCUUUCUCCCGGUGCCCCAUUGCAGUGACUGUUAUCUGAAAUAGUGUGGUUCACAAUCCCGAAGGUGAAACUCUUUGGACAGCAUAUUUUAAGUGGAAGACAUUUUGGCUGUGGAAUUUCCUGCCAUCUGGUUGGUAUAAAUGCCAGACUCUUUCCACACUUAGAGCACAGUGCAAGAUCCAUCUCUUUGUGCAUACCUCCCAUAGUCUGGUGCAAUAGUGCUUUCCUGGCAGGCAGCCACCAGAGAGGACACUGAUAGGGAUAGAAGAAGUGGUGGGAAGCUUCUGGCCCUUGCUCAUGCAGAAAUGAAGUCUGACGUAUGUGGUAUCUAGACAGUUUGGUGAUUGGCACAUUGGAAAUGAAAACAGAUAGGAUUUUUUAAAGC